GAAGAGUUAUGCUUCACAUGAAUUACAUCACAACUACUGACUCUCACAUUAAUAUCUGAUCUCUUCCGUGACCAAAGUCUCUUUCUUUAACUUUCCCGUGCAAAGAUCAUAGAAAACCCAUUCUCCACGUCGCUGCGCAAUCCUCCUCAGUCCUCAUCCGGGACUCACGGGUUUCCCAUAGUCUCCAACUAUUUUUUUUUUUUGUUAUUUUGUUUUUUGAGUGUUUAAUUCAAUUUAAACCACUAUUUGAUGAGCUGGGUCUGUUUUUUCUCAACAAAAAAAUCACUAUAACAGUUUUGGUUUGAUAAAUCGGAAACAGAGCAAGCCGAAAAACAGAGCACCAGAGACAGAGAGGGAGAGAGAUAUGGCGGGUCGGAACAUAGAGAAGAUGGCUUCAAUUGACGCUCAAUUGAGGCUUCUGGCACCAAAGAAGGUGUCUGAGGAUGACAAGCUAGUGGAGUAUGAUGCUUUGUUGUUGGAUAGGUUCCUGGAUAUUCUUCAAGAUUUGCAUGGCGAGAAUCUCAGAGAAACGGUUCAAGAUUGUUAUGAGCUUUCAGCUGAGUAUGAAGGGAAGCAUGACCCUCAGAAGUUGGAGGAGCUUGGGAAUGUGUUUACAAGUCUGGAUCCUGGGGACUCUAUUGUCAUUGCCAAAUCAUUUUCUCACAUGCUUAAUUUGGCCAACUUGGCCGAGGAAGUCCAGAUUGCUUACCGAAGGAGGAUCAAGUUAAAGAAGGGAGAUUUUGCUGAUGAGGCUUCUGCAACAACUGAAUCAGACAUUGAAGAGACUCUCAAGAGGCUUGUGGGGCAACUGAAGAAGUCCCCUCAAGAAGUUUUUGAUGCUCUGAAGAACCAGACCGUAGAUUUGGUCCUAACUGCACAUCCCACUCAAUCUGUCAGAAGAUCUUUGCUUCAAAAGCAUGCAAGGAUAAGGAAUUGUUUGACUCAGUUGAAUGUCAAAGACAUAACUCCUGAUGAUAAGCAGGAACUUGAUGAGGCUUUACAAAGGGAGAUACAAGCUGCAUUUCGUACAGAUGAAAUUCGAAGGACACCUCCAACUCCACAAGAUGAGAUGAGGGCAGGAAUGAGCUACUUUCAUGAGACAAUCUGGAAAGGUGUACCAAAAUUCUUAAGACGUGUUGACACAGCUUUGAAGAACAUUGGGAUAAAUGAACGCGUUCCUUACAAUGCCCCUCUCAUUCAAUUCUCUUCUUGGAUGGGUGGGGAUCGAGAUGGAAAUCCCCGGGUUACUCCUGAAGUUACAAGGGAUGUAUGCUUGCUGGCUAGAAUGAUGGCUGCUAACUUGUACUUUUCCCAGAUUGAGGAUCUCAUGUUUGAGUUAUCUAUGUGGCGAUGCAAUGAUGAGCUUCGUGUUCGUGCUGACGAACUCCAUAGGUCCUCAAAGAAGGAUGCAAAACACUACAUAGAGUUUUGGAAACAAGUUCCUCCAAAUGAGCCAUAUCGUGUUAUUCUUGGUGAUGUAAGGGACAAGCUUUAUAAUACGCGUGAACGUGCUCGUCACAUAUUAGCCAAUGGGGUCUCUGAUAUUCCUGAGGAUGCAACCUUCACCAAUGUUGAGCAGUUCCUGGAACCUCUUGAACUCAGUUACAGGUCACUCUGCUCAUGUGGUGACCGGCCGAUAGCUGAUGGAAGCCUUCUUGAUUUCUUACGACAAGUUUCUACCUUUGGGCUUUCACUUGUAAGACUUGAUAUCCGCCAAGAAUCAGAAAGGCAUACUGAUGUUAUUGAUGCUAUCACAAAGCACUUGGGCAUCGGUUCUUAUAAAGAAUGGUCAGAGGAACAGAGACAAGAAUGGCUUUUGUCUGAGCUCAGUGGCAAGCGCCCUCUUUUUGGCCUUGAUCUUCCCAAAACUGAAGAAAUUGCUGAUGUGUUGGACACUCUCCAUGUCAUUUCAGAACUUCCUUCAGACAACUUUGGUGCUUACAUAAUCUCAAUGGCAACAUCCCCAUCUGAUGUACUAGCUGUAGAGCUUUUGCAACGUGAAUGUGGGGUGAAGAAGCCAUUAAGGGUUGUCCCACUGUUUGAAAAACUGGAUGAUCUUGUGGCUGCUCCUGCUGCUGUAGCUCGCCUCUUUUCAAUAGAUUGGUACAGAAACCGCAUUAAUGGGAAGCAAGAAGUUAUGAUAGGGUAUUCAGAUUCAGGAAAAGAUGCUGGCCGUCUCUCUGCUGCUUGGCAGUUAUAUAAGGCUCAAGAAGAGCUUAUAAAGGUGGCUAAGAAAUUUGGGGUUAAGCUUACAAUGUUCCAUGGCCGUGGAGGGACAGUUGGUAGGGGAGGAGGGCCUACCCAUCUUGCUAUACUAUCUCAGCCACCUGACACAAUUCAAGGGUCACUUCGUGUGACAGUUCAAGGUGAAGUUAUUGAACAGUCAUUUGGGGAGGAGCACUUGUGCUUUAGAACACUCCAGCGAUUCACAGCUGCUACACUUGAGCAUGGUAUGCAUCCACCUGUCUCGCCAAAGCCGGAAUGGCGUGCACUUCUGGAUGAGAUGGCAGUUAUUGCAACAAAGGAAUACCGUUCCAUUGUUUUCCAGGAACCUCGUUUUGUUGAAUAUUUCCGCCUUGCAACACCAGAGACAGAAUAUGGCCGGAUGAACAUUGGGAGUCGUCCAUCAAAAAGGAAGCCAAGUGGAGGCAUUGAAUCACUCCGCGCAAUCCCAUGGAUCUUUGCAUGGACCCAGACUAGGUUUCAUCUACCAGUGUGGCUUGGCUUUGGGGCAGCAUUUAAGCACGUAAUUGAGAAGGACAUAAAGAAUCUCCAAAUGCUUCGGGAAAUGUAUAAUCAGUGGCCUUUCUUCAGGGUCUCAAUUGACCUAAUUGAGAUGGUCUUUGCCAAGGGAGACCCAGGAAUUGCGGCAUUGUAUGACAAGCUCCUAGUAUCAGAAGACCUAUGGUCAUUUGGAGAGCGAUUAAGGGCCAACCAUGAAGAAACUAAACAGCUUCUACUCAAGGUUGCUGGGCAUAAGGAUCUUCUUGAAGGAGACCCCUACUUAAGGCAGAGACUGUGUCUUCGUGAUGCAUACAUCACAACACUUAAUGUGUGCCAAGCCUAUACAUUAAAACGGAUCCGUGACCCCGACUAUCAUGUGAAGGUUAGGCCGCAGUUGUCAAAAGAAUACAUGGAAUCAAGCAAGCCAGCUGCAGAGCUUAUAAAGCUUAACCCCACAAGUGAAUAUGCUCCUGGUCUUGAAGACACCCUGAUCUUGACCAUGAAGGGUAUUGCUGCAGGCUUGCAAAACACUGGUUAAGGCAUAUGCUUGUUUCUUUAGAUAUAUAUUGUCAUUUCACAUCAAAUAUAUAAAAUAUUGCCUGAAAAGUGCAACUUGUCUAAUACUAAUAGAGCUCUGAGUCGGCUUGUAAUAAAUCACUCCAUAAUACCGUUAAUAAAAAUGGAUUGUUGGUUUGCUUGUUUCA